UAGACCAUGAAGUCUGUGCCCAGUGAGUACAGGCUCAGACUGCUCUCAACUCUACAUGCUGUUGGGCUUUACCCUACAAAUUAACACAUGUCAAAUAAUUAACUCUGUUCAAUGACUGGUACCUUGUAUUUUGUGUUMGACAACAUGACUGUGUGUAACGUUAACGUUACUGUCAAUGAAGGAAGUAACUACAUUUGGUUGCAGAUAUGGCAAAGCAGCAGACAUACUGUAUCAAGGCCUCUUAAAGAGACAAUGUUGGAGACUGAUGAAUGCACCAAGGGGUGUUUUCCCCCUCAUUCUACCAGUGAGCACUUCACUAUUGAUGAUGUUGACGUCCUCAACGCCCCCAACCCACCACUGCCCUUCUCGCACCCAUUUCACCCAGAGCCUUGGAUGGGAUGUGAGCCAAAUAGAAACAUGGAGAUUGAUAACACCUCUGGUCCUGUCAUCGUGGGAGAGGGCACUCUGUUGGAGCCAUUUUCAUUGACGGUACCUGUCAGGUCUUCACCUUAUGAGUGUACGCUCUGCCAUAAGAUGUUUGGAACAGCYAACACACUCAACAAACAUUUACUGACCCACCAACAGGAAAGACCACAUGUUUGCCCCAUCUGCCAACGAGCAUUUAAACGUCAUGAUCACCUCAAUGGCCACAUGUUGACCCAUCAGAAACGCAAGCAGUUCCGAUGUGCUGAACCUGGGUGCCAGAAGAGCUACUGUGAUUCUCACUCCCUGAAGCGCCACUAUAUCUCUCAGCAUGGUCUCCCUCUCAUCCCGCCCAUGUCCCAAAGCCCCCCUCACCCAACCCACCCAGCCCACUCUGCUACUACCCAGUGGGAGCCUGUGGAUAGUGCUGCAUAUUUGGGAGGUUCAACAGCUCACUGUAAUUACCGCCCCAUGUUCCUGACCCAACCCAAACAGACAUCAGACACUCAACAGAAGGUCGCUGAUUACUCUGGCUUUUUCAGCUUCAACAGUUACAAGGGGUUUGCUCCUCCAAGUGGCCUACAACUGAACUACUCAGAGCAGAACAUCUCUCAGUCAAGGCCUAUCUUAGUCCUGGACACCUGGAUGCAGCAGUCUGACAAAGGUCCUUGUAGUGAGUGCCCAGGUGAAUUAAAUCCACCCCAGUGGGCCCCUGAGCCUAGUAACAUCACUACUGCUACUUUACCAUCACUACCUCCUGGAAUGGAUGGCCCAAGUCCUCAUGGCUGGGAGAGUGUAGUUGACUUCCCUGUGUCUGACCUCCAAGUGCUUGAAGAAAUGUUGUCCUGUCAUCCCUGUAGUGAGGCUGGUAACCGGGAGUGUUUAGUAAAGCCAGCGUCCCCGGAGAAGAGCUACUCUCCAUCCAAGCAGGAGCAGUCGACUUAUGGCCAGAUGAACUCGGAAGGGAAACCCAAAGUUAACACUCAGCUGCACUCUUUUGACCCAACAGCAAGCUCAGAUUCCAGUGUAACAUCUACGUCGUUUCCCAACACUGUUUUCAUCCACUCAAGCUCAAGUCUUCCAAACAAGCCCAACCCAGUCCCACCUAUCCCGCCGCCACCAGCCAUCGUCCUACCCUGCCUCUACAGUGUGCUGAAGUCAGAGACUUGUAAUACAAAGAGCGACAGUAAGAGAAAGAGAGAGAGUAGGAAGAAGGGGAGGGCUGUAGAGCUUCCUGCUCCACCUCUCCCCACACCUCGCCCCACCUCUCUCCUGGCUCCCCGACGUCCCCGCCCUCGGCCACACUACCUCGUCUCCCCAAGCCAGGUGGCUAUGGCCUCUUUUAGCUCAGACAGCAACCCUCGUCAGACCUUCCAGGGAAGAAAUGUCAGUGUGCCAGGAGAGGGACAACAGUGUAGUGACGGGAUAUUCCCUAGCUCUCACAAGACAGAACAGAGCUACAAGGCCAGGUCCUCAAGUGGACCAUAUGCACCCUCUCUUAAAAUGGAACCUUACUCUCCAGAGCCUGGAGAGAGAGCACCACAGACUCCGAGGUCUCCAUCUAGAACAGAAGACAUGCCUCUGUCUCCUUUGGUCAUCCCUGUUUCAGUUCCAGUCUCUGCGAAGACAGAUCCUGACACUCCUUCAUCACUCAAUGCAGAGAACCCUCAGAAUGGUUCAGGGAGGUCAAAGAGGAGCCGGCGUCUUGACUUCAUGAAGACUCUGAUCAUUCCUCCCCCCAUGCUCCCACAGCCGUCCCCACGGAGGCUCCUAGACGAGGAGGGUGGGGGUGCUCCCUGGUGUCGUGCAGCAGGCGGCUACCCCAGUCAGCUACGCUCCCCCAUGUACCUGGCAGACCACCUGCUUAACCCCAGCUUCCAGCCUCCUCCCUACACACCCCCACCCAUGCUGAGCCCCCUACGCCCAGGGACCGGCCUGUACUUCAGCACAGUGCCUUGGCUUCACCCCGGCCCUCCUCUGCCCAGCAGCUACACCGCCUCUUUGGGUUUGUUUCGCGUUAGGAAGUAUCUUCCCAGGUUCAGAGUUUUGCCACUGAAAUACAUGAAGAACUUUGUGUUUUAUGGCUUCUGCUUUUCAGAUGGAGCUGAUGGAAUCUCCUUGAUGAUGGACGACACAGUGGUCAACAUAGAGCCGAGAAUCAACGUGGGCCAACUUUUCCAGGCUGAGAUCCCACCCAUUCGUAACCUGCUUCUAAUGCUAUAUGAUGAGCACCCUGCUCAGCUUGUCUGGGCUCCCUGGGGAGACAUAUCUAGCAACGUGGAAACACAAAAAGGGGUGACUGAACUGAUAGACUUGUGCUGUUCCAGCGUGCUGCCAGGAGGGGGCACCAACACAGAGCUGGCCCUCCACUGUCUGCAUGAGGUGCAGGGAGACAUUCUGGCUGCACUUGAUUUACUGUUAGUCAGGGGAGACUUUCGUUCCUCAACACACCCUUUGUGUGACUAUCACUACCCAGGGUCAGAUGAUUGGAGUCCUCAAGAGAAGAAACUAUUUCGUAAAGCGCUGCUCACCCAUGAGAAGGACUUCCAGCUUAUUCACAGUGUGUUACAGACUAAGUCCGUGACGCAGUGUGUGGAGUACUACUAUGCGAUGAAGAAGCUCAAGAAGUUCAAGCAACGCAGUCGAGGAUCAGACAAAAAGGAAGCAGUUGGUGAAGAGCCUCAGAUGGAGUCACCUGGCUGUUCUGAGGACAACCAUGUGGGACGGAGAGGGCCCAGGAGGACACUUACUAAACCAGGGAACAGGACUAAAGGGGUACAGGAGGAGCAGACUACCACAGGAGGUGCUUUGGAGUACAUCUGUCGAGAGUGUGGGCGGGUAUUUGACAAGGUGAAGAGUCGUAGUGCUCAUAUGAAAACCCACCGGCAGCAGGAGAGGGAGUGGCUGACCAGGUAUGUCUGGCCUAUGGGCUGCCCUGCAGACAACCCUCAUCAAGGAGAUCCAGGUCAGGACUCUGCCAAGGUGCCUUUACUCUACUGUACGAGAGGAAUCCUCUAUAGUACAUAGUGGUGAGCACAGGACUGUUUC